AACUUGCAAUCGCCAUAUUAUUAACAUAGAGUAGAAGAGCAGCCUGUUGUCUGCUUUGCCUGCUGCUAUCAUCUCGUUUUUUUCCUUCUUGCUUUUCAGACCACGCUUUCGCUGUGGUGCAGUUAGUUACAUAGAGUUUACGACGACUUUCUAAACACUUUACAUGGACCGAUACGCACGUUAACUCUGCCUUUUAUUUAUUUAGAGUAUUUUAUUUAUUGGCAGUUAACUCAUAUUUCGCGGGGUAAAUUUUUUUUUAUACGAACCCCUUCGGUGAAUUAAGGAAAAAAAUUGAAUUUGGGGAUUUGACAACUAAUUUAGUUCAAACCACGGAAUAUUUGGAGGCGGCUACUUUGAUAGAAAGAAAGUAUAAAGGAGAAGAGAAAAAGUUUGAAAAGAAUUAUUUUCCCCCUUUAUUGAAAAAGUGCGCUGAAAGUUAAAAGACGCAAAGUCGUCCGAGAAAACCGAGUAUAGUGUUAGAAAGUAGAAAAAUAACAAGAUGAGCGAUAACGUGCAGGAUACUUUUAACAAACUGAAAUUACAUCCCCGACUUUGUCACUUGAUAAAAUGGCAAGAUUUCAAUGGUUAUGGAUUUAACUUGCAUGCUGAAAAAGGCAAAGCUGGCCAGUUUAUCGGAAAAGUGGAUGAAGGUUCUCCAGCCGAAGCUGCUUUUCUCUAUCAAGGGGACCGAAUAAUCGAGGUGAAUGGUGUGAAUAUUGGCAAUGAGAAUCACCAACAGGUAGUCCAGAGGAUCAAAGCUGGUGGAGAUGAGACCAGAUUAUUAGUUGUCGACACUGAAACGGAUAUCCAUUUCAAGGCCCAGAAAACUGUGGUACGUGGAGAAAUGCCCGAAGUUGCAUAUUGUAAAACCCCUGACAUGCAUGGGUUUUCUACCCCGAUUCUGAACUACAACCAAACUUUGGAGACAAAACAAAAUGCUGAGACAGGUGAGACCACCAGCCAAGGAAUUGCCUCUGGUACCACUUUGAUAACCAAUGGACUGAGUGAGGACCUUCCUGCACCUCCCCCAGAACUUAUUGAAAAUGGACAUGAACCUACUGUGGAAAGGGUGACUGUAUCAGAAGUUGAAAGUGAAGUUAAGAAUAUUGAAAGUGAUGCAAUAUAUGAUAUUCCUGAUGCAGUUCCUGUAUUGACAACUGAUUCAGGAUCUGUCAAAAGUGGAUCAGAAAAAUCUGAAUCGGACAAACAAGAAACGAAUUCAAUUAAAACAGGAUCGGUUAAAUCGGAGAAAGUAGAAUCGGAGAAAGGAGACUCGGAGAGAGCAGAAUCAGAGAAAGCAGAAUCGGAGAAAGGAGACUCGGAGAAAGCAGAAUCAGAGAGAGCGGAAUCGGAGAAAGCAGUAUCAGAAAAGUGUGAAUCAGAAAAGUGUGAAUCAGAGAAAGCGGAAUCAGAGAAAGCAGAAUCAGAGAAAGCGGAAUCAGAUAUAGUGGCAGUGGUCAAAUCUGAUAUCGAGUCGAUUAAAGCAGAAGCUAAUAUAUCAAACAACGAAGUUGCUGGAACAGCAAAAUCCUACAUCACAAAAAUCCCUCUUGAUGACUUAGACAGUUCUCCUUCAUUUGUGAAAGCCGUUAGAGAACCUAAAGAAAUUGAUGUUAGUGAUCCAUUAAACUUUGUUAAUGUAAGUGCUGAGGAGAUGAAGCAAAAGAUCUUGUCCAAGAAGAAAGCCAGGAAGUUCAAAGAUAUGAAUCUAAAAGAAAAGCAUGAAAUCUUAGACAGACUGUGAUGUAUUUUUACUGAUAUUAAUUCCAGUGCCAAUGUUUGACUUUGGGAUACACACACAGACACGCACACACAUGCACACAUUGAACUGAAAUUAAUGAUUUGUUUCUUAUACAUACAUUAACUGUUAUAUAUCAAGUUUAAAAUGUGUGUACCUAUCCUGUGGGAUAUUUUUCUAUCACAAGUGCCUGUUUUUUUUUUUUUUUUUGUAAUAGUGUCUGACCAAAAGAAUUUGUCUUGGUGGCUUUUCUUGUAUUGUUAUUCUUGUCCACCUGUAUCCACCCCCAAUCUUUGCUUUUCUUUUUGUCCUCCUUAUCAAAACAUUCAGUGUUUUGAUAACAACCUUUCUACUGAUAUAUUUACAAUCAUGGAGAAUUUUCUGAAUUUUUGCCAUUGAGCAAUAUUAGUUGCAAAGGUUCACAGUGAAAUUUUUGAUUCACUCUGGCUCAAUGUUUUGUCUAAUUUCUUGUUGCUGUCAUCAAUGAUAAUUACUUAACUUCAAAAAUGUCACAUUGUGAUUUUGUUUCUUCUACUACUACUGGUGUUUUAGUUUUUCAAUUUUUUUUACUUCUCUUCUCCAAUAGUCUUGUUUCUAUUUCUUUUCACCUCUCCUUUUUUUUCUCUUGUUCAGGUGCUCAGGAUUAAAUUUCAGUUUAAAUUGUGCUUUGAUAUAUUGAAAAAAAAAAAAAAAAUCUAAUAUUGAUAUAUUAUAACAUGCAUUCCAGAAUCAUUUGCAGCAUUGAUUUUUUUUUUGUUAUAAAUACAUUAUUUUCUUGGAUUCAUGUUUUGUUUCUUUAACCUUAGAUUUUCAAGUCCAUUUGAUAGUUUGAGGUUGUCUAAAAUUUGCAUUCCAUUUAUUUAAAGUUUGUGGGCUAACGAGAGCAGUGGGAUGAUAAUGGAUAGAGAAGGCUCCAAGUACACACCUUAUAUUAUGGUCCAAUAAGGUAGAAAGCUGGCAGAAUGAUCAGUGUUGCAGGCAAAAUGCUUAGUGGUGUUUCUUCUUGCUCUCUGUUCUGUAUUCAAAUUCAGCCUUUCAGGAUGGGUAAUAAAAAUAAAAUAAGUGCCAGCUCACUACCGGGUUCAUGUAAUCAACUUGAACUCUACUUCCUGGCCUUGUACCAAAAUUUGAAACCAUUAUUAUUAUGGUCCACUUUUCUAUUAUACACUUUCUAUUUAAGAUUUAAUCUACAACUCUUCUUCAUUCCACAUUUUAUACAGUUGUCACAUGAACCUUACUUUUAGCUAUAAGGCACCUUGACUGGAUUUUCUAAUUCAAAUGUGUUAACCACAGUUUAUCCAAAAACUUGCCGGGAACAAUUUCUAAUAGCUUUGUGCAGGAAUUAACUCUUUUGAUACAACACUACCGAAUAAAAAAAGUAGACACUUUUGUCCUUUUUCUUCUAAUAACUUAUUUCUAAGUAGAUCAAUCAACUGUUUACCUUUCAUGGUUUUAUUUGUAGUUUCUCUGGUUUUUGAAUUGUUUAAAUAUUCUGUGUCAAGAAAAUCUAGUUAAUUGCUACCAGUUGUUACUACUCAACAUCAACAUUGGUUAGCAGUCAGCAGAGGAUUAGAGAUAGCAUUUUAAUUUAUAUAACUUCAAAUAUUUAUUCCUGGACACUUCCUAGGUUUCUCUGGCUUGUUUUUAAAGCGUAUUCAGUUUUGAUAAAGUUAGAAAAGUUCUUCUUUUCCUAGAAGGAAACAAAUUAAUAACUCCGUCUUUUUCUUCCAAGCACUUCUACCCUUUAGCAUUCAGAUUUACUCUGGCAAAUGUAAUGCGUAUUUAUUCACAUUGCUUUGAAUGAGUUGUGGAUUAUCUGUUAGCUUUGAGAGUUUUAUGAUGUAAUUGUUUACUUUUAGUAUGACAUUGUAGGGUAGGUGUGAGGGGCCAGAUAUGACCAGUUUGAACAUGAAACAAUAUUUUAGCUGAACACAACCAGUUUAAAUGCUGAAGGGUUAACAAGAAAAUCUUUUGAUCUUAGAAACACUUUUGUUUAUACAUUUUCUAGUUUGUGAAACCUGUUUCAGGACAAGUACACCAUGGAAUACAUUAUCUGAGCUGCACCUUUCUAUUACUGCUGUUUAUUUUUGAUAAUUGGUAUUUUAAUUUGUGCUUUAAAGAGUAAACAUUCUUUUUUUUUUUUUGUUUUACUUUAAUUUAUCUUGAUUAACAUUCAAUUUUUCCCACCCAACUUUUUUAAACUUUUGCUAAUAAAAACAAUAAUAAAGAAAACAAACAGUAUGAAAUGAAAUGAAAAAUAUAUACUCAAUUCCAGACAGACAGACAUACAUAUAUAUUAUAUAUAAAAUCUAUAUUUGAUAAAUAGAUAUAUUGAUCUUGUUUCUAAUUGGCUUUAUUGUUUAUAAUAAAAACGAAUAAAAAAUGUUGUCUCCACCCUUUCUGAAUCCAUUUUUGUCUUGGAAACUUAGUAUUCUCUCAGUAGCCAUUUCAUUCUUAGAUUAUCUUCUUGGUUCUUUAUACAAACAGUAAAUCCUGGACAUUGGCUGUGAGUUAUUUUUCUCUGAUAAUGGAGGAAAAAAGAUAAAUGAAAUUUUAAAAAAUAUAUGUAGAGGGUAACAUUCUUUUUUUCUUUUUGAUGUUUUCAAUACCCUCAAAUUGUUUGAAAUUCCAAUUUUGGUAAAAAAUUGGAAAUGCUGACCAUUUUACUUUUUCUAUUUUGAACUUGUUUAACGAUUAACCUGCUGCAAAUUUUUUCCUUCAUGAAAUUUGUCAAGUUACACACUGGAACCAAUCUGUGUGGAAUUCUUUUCACCAAUGUUAUUGAUUUACUUUUAUUAUUCCUUGAUUUUUAUGAUAUAAAGAGAUGCAACAAUUAA